AUGUCUCCUAAUUACCUGAGGCAAGCGCCUCCGUCCCCACCGGAAACCACCUCAGAAGCGACUGUCCAAGUAUUCGCAUUGCAGGCCGGUCACUUUUCUCUUCCUGAGCGUUUCUUUGUACACCCAGCUUCAGAGACUGCCCGCAGGACCGUACCCUCGCUGUCAUUUCUCAUCGUCCACCAAAAUCAAGAAACGGACCAGACCACUCGGAUUGUUUUCGACCUUGGUUUACGGAGGGAUGCUAAUCGCUAUCCGUUGCCAAUUCAGAAGCAUAUCGAGACCAGGCAGCCUUUGACAACUCUGCCAGAUGUGACCGCGAGCCUGGCCGCCGGAGGUCUGUCCCCGAAUGAUAUUGACUAUGUGAUAUACUCUCAUGUUCACUGGGAUCAUGUUGGAGAGCCUCGAGAUUUUCCAUCCAGUACAUUUGUUGUUGGAAACGGAGCAGUAGACCUAUUGCAUGGAAAUGGAUCCUCGCUACGAGGGAGCCAUUCCUUCUUUGAAGCCGACCUUUUACCAGCCGACAGAACUAUCCAGCUCUCGAAUCCUUACGAAGAGACUGACGAAGGAGCCGGCAGGCAGAAUACCACACCCGGUGGUCCCGACUUCUUCCAAGAUUGGACCCCAUAUAAAAACCUCCCUCGAGUGCUCGAUAUCUUCCAUGAUGGCAGCCUAUACAUCGUGGAUGCUCCUGGUCAUCUGCCUGGGCAUAUCAACAUCUUGGCUCGCACUGGUCCUCUAAGCAGUGUCUAUCUGGCGGGAGACGCUUGCCAUGACCGGAGAAUUAUGCGGAAUGAGCGACAGAUCGGGGAAUGGCUCGAUCAGGAAGGGCAUAUUUGUUGCAUUCAUGCAGACAAGCACCUGGCACAACAGACCAUCGGAAGAAUUAGGGAGUUGGAAGCAAUGGGCACGGAAGUGAUUUUUGCUCAUGACCAUGAGUGGGAGAGUGACUCCAACAACAGAGCUCGCUUCUUGGGGCAAUCAAAGCUUUGA